AUGUUUAGCACUUUUUCUUCCGACGUUACUGAAUUUCAAUCAACAUUCAAAUACGAUCAGACCGUUGAUUUACUAUCUCGCAGUGUAAUAACAGACCCUCCAGCUGAAAAGUGUGAUGCCUUUACCAACACAAUCUCCCCCCGGAGUGUCUCAAUCCAAACGGAAUCACCAAUUACGGGGAUAGUCCAGCUCAAGGAUGGGAAUGAGAAGAAAUUGGCUCAAUGGCUUCAGAAAAUUUUGCCGUUGGUUGAGGAAGAACUCAAAAUGGGCAUAUCACCUUGUCCUCAAGGGAUUUCGGGAAGAGAAUCGCAAUCUUCAGCUAAGAUCAACUUCAUUGAAUGCCUUAGUGUUAAAGUAGCCGAUGUUGCAAGUAAGAAAUUGAUUAGAGGAGCAGCUACAUGGCUUUCUCUAGCAACUGGCGGAGCUCCAACCCUAGCUCUAUCCUGUACAACAAUCCAUGAUUCCUGGUGUGAACACAACACACCAAAUAUUGUCCUAUUCAGUCCUAAAAGGGCAGAUUAUCAGGGAAUAACUGGUCUAAAUUACACAGAAUCUCAGGUAAUUCCUGUGAAAUCCUGCAUACAGAUCUUAUCGACAAACACCUACAACAGGGACAUUUUUGCCGGAGGGAGUGUUCUUGGGGAUUUGUACGUCUGGCACAAGGAACACCAUCAAGAUAGUGACUCCGUGAAGGAAUUGUUCUCGGGAACAACACAAAAUGGUGAAAUUGUAGCCAUGUCCUGGCUAAAACUCCGCCCAUCAUCUCAAGAUGUUAAUCUCCUAACUUGCCAUGCUGAUGGUGUUGUAGAAUCAUGGAAAAUCCUUACAAAUAUGCAAGUCAUUCACGAAAAAACCUUCAAAAUCUCAUCUAAAGGACAAAAGUUUCCAGCCAUCGAUCAAACUACAAUUCUGAGAACAAUCGUUUCAAUUGACGAUAGGAGUGAAUUUGUUGUUGGAACUGAGGAUGGAAGGGUAAUUUUGUGCUCAGCUAAUCAACUAUCAACCAUCAGGGGAGCAAAGAAUGUCUAUGAUCCGGCUAUAGCUGACCUGGAAAGUCAUCAAUUUCCCGUGAUUUCACUGCAAAUGGUCCAUCAUGGAGGAAAACAACUUCUGGCCAGUUGUGACGUAACUGGAGAAGUUUUCUUUCACGACAUCAUCAGAUCAACAACCUCAGAACCCGUUGUUAUCCUAAAAAUGCCACUUCCAUUCAAAAACACCAUUGCUAUUGGGAAAAAUCUGAAAUUCAUCGUAAGUCCUGGAGAAUUUGGAAGCCUUGAGAUUUUUACAGCAUCUUCUGGUCAAAAAUCCUCAAUUGAGGGAAAUCUUAGAGGAAGAGGAAAUCUCUUGGCUAUCAGCAAUAACAGUGAAUGGUUAGUAACUGGAGUUUACGAAGGUAACUUCAACAUCUAUCGCAUCACAAUGGACUAAAAACAACAAUUAAUCAGCAAUAAGGGCCUUCACCUUUUCCAUCACAUCAUCAAUCCCACCCACCAUAUAGAAAGCCAUCUCGGGAAUGUGAUCCAGUUCCCCAUUGAGAAUUUUGCUGAAGCCCUGAAUUGUUUGUUCCAAUGAAACAAUCUUACCUGGCAUUCCGGUGAAGACUUCAGCCACCUGGAAAGGCUGUGACAGGAAGCGCUGGAUCUUCCUGGCUCUGGCCACCACCAACUUAUCCUCCUCGGAUAGUUCGUCCAUUCCCAGAAUUGCAAUGACAUCCUGAAGAGAUUUGUAGCUCUGCAGAAUCUUCUGAACACCUCGAGCAGUAUUGUAGUGUUCCUCACUGAUGGCAUUGGGAUCCAUAAGGCGAGAUGUUGAAUCUAAUGGAUCCACAGAUGGAUAGAUUCCUAGCUCAGCAAUGGCCCGGGAGAGAACAGUUGUGGCAUCUAAGUGGGCAAAAGUUGUUGCUGGAGCUGGAUCAGUCAAAUCAUCAGCUGGAACAUAGACAGCCUGGACAGAUGUGAUAGAACCACGAGUUGUACUGGUGAUUCUCUCCUGAAGAUUUCCCAUAUCAGUGGCCAAUGUCGGUUGAUAUCCAACAGCUGACGGAAUCCUGCCCAGAAGCGUUGAUACUUCCGAUCCAGCUUGAGUGAACCUGAAGAUGUUAUCGAUGAACAACAAUACAUCCUGACCCUCGUGAUCACGGAAAUACUCAGCAAGGGUCAAUCCAGUCAGAGCCACACGAGCUCGGGCUCCCGGCGGCUCAUUCAUCUGCCCAUAGACCAGAGCCACUUUGGAAGUGUCAUCUUUCAGCGAAAUCACUCCACCUUCAAUCAUUUCGUGGUAAAGAUCAUUCCCUUCACGGGUUCUCUCACCAACUCCCGCAAACACCGAGUAUCCUCCAUGAGACUUGGCCACAUUGUUAAUAAGCUCCAUUAUCAAGACAGUCUUUCCCACUCCAGCUCCUCCAAAAAGGCCAAUUUUGCCGCCUUUUGUGUAAGGCGCUAGGAGAUCAACUACCUUGAUACCAGUCUCAAGGAUUUCCUGCUGGACAUUCAAUUCCACAAAUUCCGGAGGAUCUGUGUGAAUUGAGCGAUAAUCUGUGCAUUUGAUAGGGCCUCUGUCGUCUAUCGGAUCACCUAAUAACAAUUUUUCCACGUCAUACAAAUGCUUGAGCUUAUGAUUGCAAAAAUCAUUACUUCUUCAGAAUUGAGAUUUUUCAAAAUCCCAGAAUGUAAAACCGUAAAUUUUCGACUUUGUAAAACGAAAUGUUUUUCAAAUAAAAAACAGUUCAAGGUAAA